GCUUACAUUCUUACACACACAAAGAUAUAGUUAGCUAAAAUGGGAGAGAGUAGAGGCAGCAUUGCCUUCUUUACGAGCUAUAGACCACCAGUGCCCCUGGACAUAUUCUGCUGUCCAGUUCCACCAUCAUCGAGGCAGAGUGAGCUCCAUCUGACGGACGGCUUGUCCUACAACUACAACUGCCGACCCAUUCCACCGGCGGCUCUCAAGACAAUCAUCAAGCGCUUGAGACUGGCUCCUGAAACCAUCAUAGAUGAUGAUGUUGAUUCAGGCCAGAUCACUGGUUUGGUCUUUGUUUCUGAAAGAGAGCACAACUUGGAAACACUUCAUGUAGCCCUUCGCUUCAUUGCCAGUGGUGAAGUCAAUGUCUUCAGCUUGGCGGACAUCUAUGGCACGGACUUGUUCAGUGGCGCCCGUUUGGAGGACAAUGGCUGCAUUGCUGGUGGCUACGAGGUGAAUGGAUCCACAAUUGAUCAUUACCUCGUUUAUGUAUCCACCAAGGAGCCAGUGCAAGAACGUCGCAGCCCGUGGAAUAUUGUUUACAAAACCAACCUUAGAACUGGGGAAACUGAGCGCCUCACUCCACUAGGAACAUUUGAUCUAAGUCCCUCUGUGUCACCAUCUGGGAAGAAGGUCGCAGUAGCUUCGUUCCAAGGAAAGAGAUGGGAUGGUGAGAUCAAGGACCUGAAAACCAACAUCUACGUGAUGAGCUUGGAGAAUCCAUUUCUGGAGCGCAAGCGGGUGAUAGAAAAUGGUGGCUGGCCAUCAUGGGGCAGCGAAAACGUUAUAUUUUUUCACAGGAAGGUUGGAGACAUUUGGGGAGUGUUUCAGUACAACCUGAGCACUGGGGAAACCAUCCGGGUGACUCCAGAGGCAUUUGAUGCAGUGACUCCGGCAGCCAUCGACGAGACCAAAGUAGCAGUUGCAACCAUUCGCCAGAAGUCUGAGUUCACCGAUGUCCGCACCGAAACCCAGUACCGGCACAUUGAGAUAUUCGACAUGAAUGCACCGGAACAACCGUUGCGAAUAACUCAGAACGCCAGGGCAAAAGCUGACCAUUUCAAUCCCUUUGUGAUGGACGGUGGCAAAUAUAUUGGUUAUCAUCGUUGCAAAAGCGACCUUCUCCAGCAUGGAGAUGAUGUUCCAAGACAUUUCCAUAAGGUGCAGUCGCCACAUGAAGAUGUUGGAGUGUUUAGGGUGUCUGGUGUGUUCCCAACAUUUUCCAAAGAUGGUUCUAAACUUGCAUUCGUCGAUAACGAGUUCAAAGCCGUGUGGCUGGCAGAUAGCAAGGGAUUGCGUGUGGUCUUCGAGACAAAUGGCCCAGACAGCAUCUUCUCACCAGUGUGGAACCAAAAGAAAGAUAUACUGUACGUAUGCAUGGGACCGUCCUUCAAAGCUAACGAAACGCUGGAAAUCCAUGCCAUCCCUGAUGUAUCCAGUGCUGCACGUGCACGACGACAGCCACGACUGCUCACGAAGGGGAAAUUCAACAAUGCUUUCCCUUUCACCAAUCCUGCUGGUACUAAAUUUGUUUUCCGAUCAACAAGAGAUGGGGGAGACAAGAACUACAAGAAUCUGUACAUUAUGGAGGAUGCUGAAUUCGGGGAGGUCGGGGGUGGCGAGGUGACGCGGGUCACUGAAGGCAAUUGGAUUGACACGCAUUGUCAGUGGUCUCCAACUGGGAACUUGAUCGUGUUCGCGUCGAACCGCGACAAGCCUGCUGACGCGCCAGAGCGCGACCACGGCCUGGACCCGGGGUACUUUGCUGUCUACCUGAUGAACGUCACCGACCGCUCGGUGGUAAGGGUGAUCAGGAGCGGGUACGACCUCUCCGGCCACGUGAACCACCCGGUGUUCAGCCCAGACGGGCGGAGCAUCGCCGUGACGUCGGAUCUCGCUGCGGUGUCCGCGGACCCGAUGUCGCUGCCGACCUUCCUUCACUCCGUGAGGCCCUACGGCGACAUCUUCUCCGUCGACAUCGACCCAGAUGACAUGGAGAAGAACAAGGACGUAGAGGGGUUCGUGCGUGUCACGCACAGUAGGUACGAGAACUCUACUCCUGCCUGGACCGUGUUCUCGACACAUGACCCGCAUGCACAGUGGAACCUCCUGGUCAUGGAGGACGAGUACACCCCGGCAUGCCCAUAUACUCACCCUGAUGGAGGUGAAAGCUGGCACAUGACUGGCCAGAUUUGCAUUCCGAAACGGCACUGCUGAUCCUUGCAGUCGUGCUUCUAGUCAUCUACAAAUUCUUCUUGUUCGGAGGGACCUUUGUUUGUUCCAUCAAAAUGUGUUUGAAAUGCACUGUUCGUUUUCGGCUGGCCGCUGGCGCCUGUUGGUUUAAAAACUUGUAAUAAGUAUCCCCAACAUACAUCUUUGGAUGCACUGGCAAGGACCCCUUCAUAGUCUCGUUAAUUAAGUUUCCCCUAUCUAAAGAAAGAUGUACAAUUCCUUUAUGAGUUGCUUUUGAACAUGUGUUUUGUUCAAUUAUUCAUCACAUAUUUUGCUUC